AUGGUACGAUAGCAGAGGCAAGUACGACCAACAAGAAUCAUGUCUUCAUUUGUUCCUCGCGCCGCAAAGCGGUUACGGCUCUCUAAUCGCACCGUCACACCUUUACCUGUCCGCGCAUUCUCGUCUUCACCGUACCUCGCCGAGCAAAAGCCAAAUCGCAAUGAUGAGAAGACGACGCAUUUCGGUUUUGAGAGCAUUGCCGAGUCAUUGAAGGAGUCCAAGGUUGGCGCCGUCUUCAGCUCCGUCGCCUCCUCGUACGACACAAUGAACGACCUCAUGUCUCUUGGCAUCCAUCGUCUCUGGAAAGAUCACUUCGUCCGCAGCCUGAACCCCGGCAGUCACACCCCUGGUGCACCCCAAAAGGGCUGGAAGAUCCUGGAUAUCGCUGGCGGUACUGGCGACAUUGCCUUCCGCAUGCUCGACCACGCGACGAACAUCAACCACGAUCCGAAUACACAUGUCACAAUCUCAGACAUCAAUCCCGAGAUGUUGGCCGAGGGCCGCAAGCGCGCUGCUCUAUCCCAUUACAACGGCACUGGAAGAUUGGACUUUGUGGAAGCCAACGCGGAGGAUCUGCACAUGAUUCCCGAUAACAGCAUGGACUUGUACACGGUCUCUUUCGGCAUCCGUAAUUUCACACACAAGGACAUCGCCUUGAAAGAAGCAUAUCGUGUUUUGAAGCCUGGCGGUGUUUUCGCCUGUCUCGAGUUCAGCAAGGUCAACAACCCCGUUUUCGACUUUGUUUACAAGCGCUGGAGUUUCGCCGCUAUUCCCUUGAUCGGCCAGGUUGUCGCAGGAGACAGAGACAGCUACCAAUAUCUUGUUGAGAGUAUCGAGAGAUUCCCCAGCCAGACUGAGUGGAGAGAUAUGAUCAAGGAGGCUGGAUUCGUUGUUCCUGGUGGUGAGAAUGGUCAAGGCUGGGAAGACUUGACUAACGGCAUUGCUGCUAUUCACAAGGGUGUCAAGCCUCUGAAGUAGCGUAUGUCCGCUUUCGUAUUCUUCUUCUGUAACAUAUACAUAGGCGAUAUACUCAUGUUUACUGUACUAUUAUCAAAUCAUCUCGUCCAUCAUCUGCCA